GGACGGAAGCCGCGGAUGAGCGCUGGCGGUCUUGAAACUGCUGCCGUCUUUCCCAACCCAAUUCGCCUUCUGUGACUUGUGCCGACUCACACCUCUCCUCCAAGGUGUCUCUGGUCGCCUGCAUUCGACCGAGUGAACGCACUCUCUCUGGUUGACAGAAAAACUCCUCCUCAUCAUCUCGGCUAACAAACCCGAAACCCUGCAUUUUACCGGAGUGUGACGGAGCAUCAUGUGGAGGAAGGCUUCAGUGGCCGUCCUGCUGGCGUUGGCCGUUAGCUACUUCUACAGCAGCAGACCAGACCUUUCCGAGCAGGUCCUGCAGUACAUCGGCCUGCCCAGCUUCCAGACGUCAUCCCAGAGCCCCAACAGUCUGGAACAGGCGGUCUCCGCAGCCUGGGAGGCUUUGAUAACCCUACCGACCCGGCAGUGGAGUAAAGUAGCUGUGGGGGUGAACGCCUGCGUGGAUGUGGUCGUGUCCGGAGUGGGGCUGCUUCAGGCUUUGGCCGUGGAUCCAGGAGCCGGUCGGGAUCAUGAGGUGCUGCACUCCAAAGAGGACUUGAAGGAAGCCUUCAUCCAUUACAUGGAGCGUGGAGCAGCUGCUGAGCGCUUCUUCAGCGACGAAGAAACCUUCCAGAGAAUCGCCCGUGCAGCGGCAGAGUACCCCGGCGCUAAGGCAAGGUCCCCCUCCGCCCUCGGGUCCCUCAUUGGUCAGAAGCUCGCCACCUAUCCUGAUCUGAUGGUUUUGCUCUGCGGGCCAGUCGGUCCCAAACUCCACGAGAUGCUGGAUGAGCAGAUAGUUGUCCCAGCGGAGUCUCUGCAGGAGACGGAUGAGUUUCACCUCAUUCUGGAGUAUAAAGCAGGUACGAAGGGCAGGACGCCACAGCUCCCGCGGGAAUCUGUUGAACUCGAGUCACAGCGGGUGAGCUCCUCUUCUCUAUUCGCAGGCGAACGCUGGGGUUCAACGCAGGCACCUCAGGCUAACCGCUUCAUCUUCUCUCACGACGUAUCCAACGGGGAGAUGAGCUCGCUGGAAACCUUUGUCGCCAGCCUGGAAGAGUUCCAGCCCGAGUUGGUCGUCUUGUCAGGGCUCCACAUGAUGGACGGCCAGGGCAGAGAGCUGUGGGAGGAGCGGCUGAAUGAGGCUGUGGCAGCCAUAGCUGAUAUUCCAAAAGACAUACCCAUCCACCUGGAGCUGGCCAGCAUGACUGACAAAGACUUCAUGAACAGCAUCAUGCAGGAGCAGGUCAUGCCCAUCGUCAGCUCCGUCGGGCUGAACGAACAGGAGCUGCUCUUCCUCUCUCAGGCUGGAGGGGGUCCUCACUCGGCCCUGGCCGCCUGGAAGGGCAUCCCAGACGUGGGCCGAGUCAGCGACAUCCUCCUCUGGAUCCUGGAGAAUCACGGCCGCAGCGACCCGUCGUCCGAGGCUGAUCUCACCCGCAUCCAUUUCCACACGCUGGCCUACCACAUCCUGGCCACGGUGGACGGCUACUGGGGGAAUCAGGCGGCGGCCGUCAUGGCGGGAGCGCGGGUGGCGAGCAGCCAGGCCUGCGGCCUCCAGGCCGUGGAUGUCGGCAAAGUGGAGCUCAAGGCCCCGCUGGAGUUCUACAGCUCUCACGGUGAGCCGCGAGAGCAGCUGUUUCUGAACCCACAGGAGCCUGUGACCGUGUGGCACCGUGGAAACAUCACCUUCCACUUCACCCCAGUGCUGGUCUGCAAACGGCCUCUCCGGACAGUGGGGCUCGGGGACGCCAUCUCUGCAGAGGGGCUGGUUUACACAGAGUUAAACACCCAGCAGCCAUUCUGAGGCAAUCGUUCAGUCUCACUCUCCAUUUGUCUGGAAAAUGUCGAAGAAAGCAACCAGCAAACUCACCCGCUGACGACCUGGUUACUGAACCUAUUUAGACCCUGUGAUUCAGGUUGCUUAUUACCAGCGAUCAAGGGAGAUGGGUCGAGAUCCUACCUGAUGCCUCCACUGCUGUCUCACCCUAAAACCACCCAGAGGACAGGAAAGCUGGCAGAACUGGAUCUCAGAGCUGAGAGGAGAGCUGAAUCUAUGCACCGGUCUCAGCUCAAAGCCAUCUACACAAACUCCAAGGAGUUUUUUAUUUAGUUUUUUUUUUUUAUUAUCUGCAUUUCUUUAGUAUGCUGUGCCUUUUAAAACGAAUAAGAAAUAUGAAUUCUUUUAGCCAUAUUUCGGAGCCAAACAAAGGCAUCAGCCACCAUUCGACAAGUUACAGUUACAAACUGGAAACUGUGCGUUAGACUGGAUUUAAUUGUUGAUUUUCUUUUUCGUUUUUUUUUUUUUUUCAUUUUUGCUGCACUCACUCCAACUUUUAGGACACUUGAAAGCUCCUCCGACACCAGAUGUCAAACUUCUCUGGGUUUGACUCACGUGAUGAUUAUUAUUUACAGCUUUAGAUUAACUUGAAUUUUGUUGUGAGACAGGGAAGAUCCUACAAGUUUUGGGAGUCUUCUCACUAUAUGACCAAAACACUCCCAUUAUAAGGAUUCUUUGUGUAGAGACUCCAUAGCUGCUUAAUUACAUUUUUAGAUAUGUGAUCAAAUCCUUACACUUAUAAGUGAUAAAUAUAAAUCUAUGAAUAAAUUAGUCUUGUAUAUUAAGUAACUAGAAAUAUGUAAGAUGACAGCUGAUUACCAUAAAGGCUCUAUUACAACUAGAAAGUUAGAGGUAGAUUGCAAUUUAAGGUGUGUAAUGUGGUUUGUAAUGCAUCAUACGCCAUUAUGGGCGGUUUAUGCAUUCCUGCAUCAUAUUAGAGGGACAGCAUCAAAACUUACUGAACUAUGUUUAUGUAUACCUCAGAUAGCCUCGAAGGGCAUGCAAUAAUCAUGGAGUCUUAAUGCAAAUACACAUCGGAAAAUGCACGCUGCGUUUGGGUUCAGCAAAAUGGAUUCUUUGCACUAGUAGAACUGUCAGAUGUGCCUGUAUAAGUGAAUGUAACCUUAGCCCUGAACCAACCACAUUCUUUGUUUUUCACAGGUACAAUCUGUCAAACUGUGCUCAUUCAAUAGUCUGUGUGUCUUGUUUUUAAUACGUGUUUCUUUCAUUUGGAAUUAAAUCGUGCAUUGAAGGGUAAUCUUGACUUUAUUGCGAUGUGACUGAUAUUUCUAUUUUGGUUGUGUUGAAGAGUAAUUGUCAGUAGAAUGUUAUUUACAGACUUUUUUUUACAGUAACUUGUGUUCCUUUUUUAAGAAAACUUAAUUUGAUUCAAAAUAAUUUCAAUUAACUCUUAGACUCUCUUUAAUAAAUGGUAUUUAGAGUAAACCGCUCUAAA